GAACAUAAUUGUUUGGUAUAAAACCUAGCACACAAAUUCUAUAUCAUCACUGUUGAUUCACCAUCAAUCAUGUUUCGUAUUUCAAGCUUCUGUCUCCUGAUUGUCCUUCAGGUAGUGACCUCAGAGCCGCCUCCUCCUCAUUGUAGAGUCAUUCCCCGAGUGGAAAAUCCUACAAAAUGCUGUAAUUUCCCAAAAAUAUUUAAGGAAGAGGACUUCAAAGAUUGUGAUAUAGAAUUACCAAACGAAAACAGUUCUAGACCGGGCCCUCCAGAUUGCUCCAAGCAGAUAUGUUUAUUGAAAAAAUACAAUCUCAUGAAAGAUGACACCGAGGUAGAUAAGGAUGCAGUGACCGAAUUUCUGGAUAAGUUCGUUGAAUCUUAUCCCGAAUUCAAGGCUGGUGUCGAAAAGGCCAAGGAAUUUUGUAUUAAAAAUGAUUUGCCCGAACCAAAACUGUGUCAACCUACAAAGAUUGUAUUUUGCAUUAGGAAUGUAAUAUUUAUGGAAUGUCCGAAAUGGGAAGACGUUGAUGACUGUAAGAAAAUAAAAGAUUACGUUGAAGAGUGUAAAAAAUAUUUCGAAAAAACUAAUUAACAUAUUGUCAACGUUAUGUAAAAUACUAAUAUUUGUUGUUUGAUUUUUUGUAAAUAAUAAUUAUAUUAUUAAUGCGCAUAUUACUCAUAUUACUAUCAAUUAUAUUUACUCAAUUCACUUAUUUUAAAACAUAUUUACGUUUUAAAUAAUAAAUAAAAUUAAUAAAA